UCUUCUAUCUGCUCAUUAAAACGAUGUCGUGUCACAAGACAAAGACUGGCGAGCGUUUAAAAUUCAACUACGCAACAAAGGGAUGUUAUUUUUAAUCAAAAUGAAAAUAAAGCGUGUAUGGAAUCUCCAGGUCAAAUAUAAAACGGAUAGAAUGUUUGAAAUAUAAACAAACAUCCUAGCGAAAGCAUAGAAGUCCGUUGCGCAACUCUGGGUUUUUUGAGAGUCACAUGUCCCGAGUUGGAAGAGGUGGAUUCCAGGGCUUCUGAUGCAAUGCACUCUUUGUUUGUCGAGCUCAUCGGAGUAAAGCGAUCUCUGCUUCAGAACUUCAGUCCGUUGCUGAUCGUUGCAAACAGCUUCCGAAGGUUUAACUGUAAACAAGUCAUCUCAACCCCACAGAAGUUGGGUCUCUAUAUUUUCACAGAAUGAAUAACAAUAGCAAACUCGAGACUGAAGAACUGCUUACUUGUCUUCAUAUCCAUCUCUUCCACCCUAACCAAGUCAGCCAUCCACUCUUCCACAACUUGCCCCUAAAUCAGCCAUACAGAAUGGACGCUGAAGAUCCACUAAGGCUUGGUCGUGAUGGGCAGACCUGCAUCUUCUCCCUAAACGACACCUCUGUCUCCAGGAAACAGCUCUCCAUGCAAGCGUAUAAGAAAGCCGGCAGCCCGUUCUUGAGCUUCAUGAUCCAGAACAUGAGCCAGAAGGUCAAGCUCAUGGUCGGCGGGUCUGAACUGAGAUACCUCGAAAGAGCUGAGCUUCAUGACAAGGUGCUCUGCCGCUUUGGAAGAUAUGAACUGCUGAUUUGGCAGGAACCAGGAGAUUCUGAGAAUAAAUUUGAGGUCCUGUUUGAAACAUGCAAUGCAUCCCCUUCACAGGAAGUGGGCAUAGAUGUGCCAUGCAAAACACCUGUCAUGGAUACCCUCAUGCCAUGGAGAAACAUUUUAGAGAAUGGAUCACCUUUAAGCCAAGAGCCACUGGAGUCAGAUGAGACAGUUGUUUUAGUAUAGAUACUUUUCGGACAAAGCUCUGCAAGAAAGCAGACAUCGAGUAUUUAGAAUUUGCAUUUUGUCAUUAUUACUGACACUAUGUUAUUAAAUCAGUAUGCACAUCUGGUAGGUAACAGAAUUAGAGCUAAAACUAUGCUACAAACAUUGUUAUGAUUUCUUCUGCAAUGCCACAGAACCAGUUUUGUUGCCUGCUUUCUUUGUGUUCCUUAGUACGUAUUUUGCUGAAUUUUAUUGGAAUUAUUGUCACACACUUGCUUAAAAGGUGCUUUGUUUUUUCUCUUCAUUAUCGUAUGUGUUCAUUGCAUAAGUGCUUUUAGCCAGUGUUUUAAUAUAUUAUAUUUUUUAUUGUAUUGUAUUGUUUUUGUAUUGACUGUUACUUGCUAAAAUGUAUAUCAUAAGCAUUUGAAAAAAUGUGAAAUUAUGAUUGAAGGGUUAUUCAUAUAUUUUCAUUAUAUCUAAUAAAAUUAAAUAAGUAAAA